CAUGCCAGGAACCAAACAAGGUUCGGAAGACGAAUCUAAUGCUAGAUCAAAUGAAGAAGAUAAUCCAGAAAUAAGUUGGAAACUAAGAAGCUUGCCACCUUCACACUACAUCUUUAAGAUUGAAAGCUUCUCUUUGCUUUCCGAUGCAAAAGCCGAGUGUUUCCGGUCUGCUGAUUUUGAAGUUGGCGGCUACAAAUGGAAGUUAGCAGUGUUUUUCCUCGAGGAGACAAGCAAAACAAAGGAUACGUAUCUUUAUAUCUACUUCUGUCCAAAUCCAAUCAACUCGCUUUCAAUCAAGAGGUUAACGUAUAUUUCAAGCUUUUCGUUUAUGAUUUUAUUCGCGACAGCUACUGGAUUGUUCAAGAUGCAAAUGAGCAAGUAAGGCGGUUUCAUGAACUAUCAAGAGGAUGGGGAUUCGAGAAACUGAAAUAUGUCGAUGAUUUCAAAGAUGAAUCCAAAGGAUACUUAAUGGACGACUGUUGCAUUUUCGGUGCUGAAGUUUUUGUCAUUGAAAAUGCUAAUAGAGGUUAGUGUUUGUCAUUAAAGGUGAUCGAGCCUGAAUUCAAUACUCAUACAUGGACAAUUGGAAAUUUUUCGGAACUGGAUUUAUUAUCUACUAAAUCCGAAGCGUUUAACAUCGGUGGCGUAAUGUGGAGCAUACAUGUGUAUCCAAAAGGUGUUUGUGCAGAAGAGAGAGGCAAAAACAUAUCCAUGGAUUUAGAACUAAAGGAUCUUCUUUUU